AUGGUGAACAUUACAGAUAAAAUCAAAGAGAUCGAGGAUGAGAUGCGGAGGACGCAGAAGUAUCAUUUGGGUCUAUUAAAAGGAAAACUUGCCCGCCUCAGAGCUCAACUCCUCGAACCAACCGGGGGCGCAGGCUCCAGCGGCGGCUCCGGGUUCGACGUCAGCAAAAGCGGUGAUGCUCGCGUCGCCCUCGUCGGUUUCCCCUCAGUCGGAAAGUCAACUUUUUUAUCCAAGAUCACUAAAACACGCAGCGAGGUAGCUGCCUAUUCAUUCACGACUCUCACGGCUAUUCCCGGCGUGCUGGAGUAUGGAGGUGCUGAGAUACAGAUUUUGGAUUUGCCUGGUAUUAUUGAAGGUGCUGCUGAGGGUAAAGGGAGAGGGAGACAGGUUAUUUCUGCAGCUAAGACGAGUGAUCUCAUUCUCAUGGUUUUGGAUGCAACGAAACGAGCAGAGCAGCGUGCUUUGUUGGAGGCAGAGUUGGAAGCUGUGGGGAUUAGAUUGAAUCGAGAACCACCGAAUAUUUAUCUCAAGGCGAAGAAAUCCGGAGGCAUGAAAAUCACAUUCCAGUCACCGCCCAAGAAUCUGGACGAGAAAAUGGUCUACAAUAUUCUGAGAGAUUAUAAGAUUCUUAACUGUGAAGUCCUGGUGCGAGAUGAAGAUGCCACUGUGGAUGACCUGAUCGAUGUGAUUAUGAAAGACCAUAGGAAAUAUAUCAGAUGUUUAUAUGUCUACAACAAAAUCGACAGUAUCAGCGUCGACUUCCUAGACAAACUCGCACACGAACCUCACACAGCAGUAAUGAGCUGUGAACUCGAUCUCGGCGUACAAGACGUUAUUGAUAGGAUUUGGAAAGAGCUUCGAUUAAUCCGAAUCUAUACAAAGAGAAAGGGCGUCGACCCGGAUUUCAGCGAGGCACUUAUUGUCCGUAGUAACUCGAGCAUUGAGGAUGUUUGUGAUCAGGUCCAUCGUACACUUAAAGAGACGUUCAAGUAUGCGCUUGUAUGGGGAGCGAGUGCCAGACAUGUUCCGCAGCGUGUCGGAUUGGGGCAUAUGGUUGCUGAUGAGGAUGUUGUGUCUAUUGUUGCAAAAUAGUAUACUCGAUUUCACCAAUUGUUUAGACAGGCGAGAACGUUGAAAUAAUCUUGAGGAUUUGGGGGAUGACAAAGUCCCAUCUAUAACCCAAGGACGAAAAAGAUAGGAUAGCAGAAAGUAUGAACCCGAAAGAGACAUUGAGCAAAGGAAAUAUGAGCGAAAGACGAAACAAGAAGGGGAAAAUAUACAAAAAGAGAGCUGAAAAAAGUAAUGUACAACGAACUGGACCUCAAAGCAAUCUAGGUACGUGGUUAGUUCCUCAACACAUCAAAAAGUGUACAACCAUCUCAUAUAGAUAUCUCAAUUUUAUUGUUGAGUCGAGGGCUCAUCAACCCUCCGAAGCAACUUCUCCAAAUCCGCCAAUCUCGAACUCGUGCUCUCCCCUUUCUUCUUAUCCGUCUUUUCACUCAACGCAGUGGACGAAAGUUCACGUUUCGCGGCCUGAAUAUCAAGCACUCUAUCCUCAACAGAGCCCUCCAUGACCAAACGCCAAACUGUAGUCUCACGUUUUUGACCAAGACGAUAGACUCGAUCAAUAGCCUGGUCUUCGAUAGCGGGUGCCCACCAACUGUCGCACAGGACGACCUGGUUUGCUGCGACGAGAUUUAGUCCGACGCUGCACACGUUCAAACUAGCCAGAAGAACGGUGCAUUUGGGGUCGUUGGUGAAUUCAGAGAUGGCUUGGUCUCGUUUAUUGGAGCUCAAUUUUCCGUCAAUGCGAGUGAAGCAUAUAUCGUUGGCUGUAAGGUGAGGCUCGAUGAUGUCAAGGAAAGAAGUCCAUUGGCUGAAUACCACUGUCUUGGUUUGUUCCACUUGGCCUUUUGCAGUCAGGAUCUGGAUCAGAGCUUUGAUCUUGCUGCUGGGUGCACUGGCAUCUGUUUCUGCUUCAUCUACACCUGCAUCCUCGCCCAACUCCGUUGCCGGUGAGACGAGGGCUCCGGUAUCCUUGAGUUCAGCGCGGCAUAGAGGGCAUUUGUGCUGUCUCUCAAUAACUUGUUCAAUACAUGAUCUGUCAAAAGCAUGAGCACAUGCCGUGAUGACGGGUUGGGAUAGAUUAUCAAGGCAAACUGCACAAGUCUCUUGACUUUCGAUUUGCAGUUGCAAGACGUCUUGAAGAGCUCUGAUGUUCUCCGGCGUCAACUCAACGACUUUCUUCUCACUCUCGCCAAGUAGGGCCAUUA